AUGAACUGCUCUUCUGAUCAUCAUCAACAACAACAGCAGCCAGCAUCCAUCACUGGAUUGACCUUCAGCGCUCCUCUGUUCCUGCCCUCCUCCAGCAGCACCAUGGUUCCCUUGACUCUGUUCAGCAAUGACGACGGCGAAUCACGAACAGCACCGAAAAGCCCACGCGAAUCCUUGGCAAGUCUGCAGAGUAUCAUCCAAGAAGCUUUGGAUCUUGUCGACGAAGACGAUCUAUGGGACGACGAUGAUGACGAAGCCGACGAAGGCUGCAUGCUUACAAACAUUCCAAGCCAAUGA